AUGGGUGUGGCAAACAAGGCAGGGAAGUAUAAUGGUGGAGUUUUAGUGAAAAAUUUGACCCUUUUUUAUGAUUUUGAUAAAAACCCAAAUCUUUCUAGUAAUGGUGUUAGUGAUGAUAAGGAGAAGCAGAAGCCCACUAUUGUGGAGCAGCAUUGGUUUUCAUGGAAAUGGUGGAGGCCAUGGCUAAAUUCUAAUACUACUACAACGGGGAGGAAACCAAAGAUCUCUUGGUCAGUGAAGGUUUGUGGGGUUUUGCUUUUUGCUGUUGGGUUGAUAUCUCUCUUCACUGGACAUUUGGCCUCUGAUCUUGAAUGGUACUCUCAGCGCCUUGUUAAGCGAACCCUUUAUUACAAGCUGACUGGGAAUACUCGUCCCGAAGUUGAUAUUUGGAAAUCAAAAUACUCCAGCUUCUACUUUGGAUGCAGUGAAAGAGGACGUGAUUUUACUCCUGCUGUUCGUCAACGAUCGUCCAAUGGGUAUUUACUUAUUGCAACUAGUGGCGGGCUCAACCAGCAGAGGACAGGAAUAACAGAUGCAGUUGUUGUUGCACGGAUUCUUAAUGCCACGUUGGUUGUUCCAGAGUUGGAUCACCACUCUUUUUGGAAGGACGAUAGUGACUUCUUAAACAUAUUCGAUGUUGAUUGGUUCAUCUCUUACCUUGCAAAGGAUGUACCUAUAGUUAAAAGGGUUCCAGAAAAGGUCAUGAGAUCAAUGGACAAACCUCCCUACACAAUGCGUGUACCCAGGAAAUCAGAACCUGAAUAUUAUCUUGAUCAAGUUUUACCUAUACUCUUGAGAAGACGUGUUGUUCAGUUGACAAAAUUUGAUUAUCGGCUGGCUAAUGACCUUGAUGAUGAGCUACAGAAAUUAAGGUGCCGGGUGAAUUAUCAUGCUCUGAGAUUUAUUAAACCUAUUAGGAACCUUGGUCAGAAACUUGUUACACGAAUGCGGAAGAUGGCCAAACGUUAUAUAGCUGUUCACUUAAGGUUUGAACCUGAUAUGCUAGCUUUCUCUGGAUGUUACUAUGGUGGAGGAGAUAAAGAACGAUAUGAGCUCGGAGAGAUCAGGAAACGGUGGGAGACAUUACCUGAAAUGAGUCCCGACGAGGAGCGGUCACGAGGGAAAUGCCCACUCACUCCUCAUGAAGUGGGUCUGAUGCUUCGUGCGCUUGGGUUUACGAAUGACACAUAUCUUUAUGUUGCAUCUGGUGAAAUCUAUGGUGGCGAGGAAACUUUGAGACCACUGAGAGAGCUCUUUCCGAACUUCUACACAAAGGACAUGCUGGCUAGCGAAGAGUUGAAACCGUUUCUCCCCUUUUCUUCUCGUCUUGCUGCCCUAGAUUACAUUGUUUGCGAUGAAAGUGAUGUCUUCAUCACUAACAACAAUGGGAAUAUGGCAAAGAUCUUAGCUGGUCGGAGGCGGUACAUGGGACACAAGCGGACUAUCAGGCCAAAUGCAAAAAGGCUUAGCGCAUUGUUUAUGGCACGAGAGAAGAUGGCGUGGGAUACGUUUGCCAAAAAAGUCAAAUCAUGCCAAAGGGGAUUCAUGGGAGAACCUGAUGAGAUAAAACCAGGUCGCGGGGAGUUCCACGAAUAUCCUUCUGCUUGCAUUUGCCAGAAACCUUUCCACCGUACUAAUACCACAGAGAAUGACGAUGAAGAUCAGCCUUUAGAAGCCACCAACAAUACCAAUGCCUUGGCAAAACCACGGUAUGCAUUCAUUAGAAACAAUCAGAGUGAGAAUGAAGUAACAAAAACACUAAAGGCCAAGGGGCCAGGAUCCCUAGCGGAUGAAACCGACCACGACAACUUUCUGUCAGACUAA